CUCAUCGACAUGGCGAGGAACAUGCAUGUCAUUUUCGUCGGGACGUCGAGCGGAGGCGGCCCGUCCCUAUCACGAAACUGCUCGAGCAUAGUCGCAGACCUCAUUGGCGAUGGGUCAUUGUGGAUGGUCGAUUGCGCGGAAGGGACUCUGCGACAAUUUCAGACGCAGCCCAGAGGAAACGAGUCUCGGUUGCGUGCCAUGAAGGUAACUAAGCUAUUCGUGACGCAUAUGCACGCGGACCAUGUCAUGGGCAUUGUCCCGUUCUUGCGGCAUGUCUUGCACCCCCCGCCCGUCGUGGGCAGUUCCGACACGAACUUGCCGCUGAGGAAACCACCUAGCAUUGAAAUAUACGGGCCCGCGGGCCUGCGCUCCUUUGUACGCAACGUCCUCUCCAUGACCUUCACCAGAACUGCAGACACCUAUGCCGUUCACGAACUGCUUACCGCCACCUGUGCGCGGACGCCAUGUGAUAGCGCUGCACUUCACCCUAGCGAGUCUUCCGGUUCGGAUCUCAUGUGCGGUGAAGAUGGAUUUUGGAGGCACAUUACGUCGGCGCGCGGUCGUUUGGGAGAUGUCGUCAUCGAUGCGGGCCCAAUUGUGCAUAGAGUCCCUUGUUUAGGCUAUAUCUUUCGGGAGCCGUCAUUCCCGCACCGCAAGCUUGCCUUGUUAGGCGAUACCUGCGACGCCUCCGCAAUCAUUCCGCUCCUGACAUCACCAUCGCCGUCCCUCCUCGUGCACGAGGCUACUGAUGCGUUUAUUCCCAGUGAGAUAGAUCCGCAGGCGAGGAGAUCUCGAGAAGAAGUUAAAGAAAAGGUAUUGGCGAGGGGCCACUCUACACCAGUUAUGGCAGGCCAGUUUGCCAAGCGGGUAGGUGCAGAGAGGCUGAUCCUUAACCACAUCGGGAGCAGGCAUGUUUUUUUAUUUAUUAUGAGGCAUCCCAAGAUUCGUUUGUUUGUGGGGACUGAUGGGUCAACAGAUUUCCUGCUCCUCGUCAGUAUCAAGGACAGGGGGACGCACGCUUUUCAGUGAUCGAUGAAAUUAGCCGCCAAGCGAGCGGGGCAUGGGGCAUGGGCCGUGCGGAAGUGGCAUUCGACUAUAUGAGAGUGACCAUCCCAGAACCUAGACCGGUAGUUGAAAUGAACAUGGGCGUACAAGGAGAACCACAAAUUAUCGAGGGGGGACGCAUGGAGCAAGAAUGGGGAGAUGGCGACGGUGGCCAAGGUACGAGAGGAGGGGGCCGUCGGGGAGGCGGUAAUGAUCGAAGAGCGGUGCGGGAUGGUUAUGUGAGGAGGGAACGCGGGGCGGAACGAGGAAGAUAUCAUAAUCGACGGAUGACAGACGGCACAGAUAACACUGGGAUGUCUCGCUAGUUCCGAAUCAUACAUGACGUGUCAGGUGGGACUUUGCGGUGCUCCCCUACCUCUAAAAGCACCGAAGGGGC